AUGCUAACGCUUCUUUUAGCGGCAAUCCAUAUUAAAUAUCGGUCUUUGGAGCAUGCGAGAAGCGAGUGUGCUAUGACAGUUUCGGACGACCACGAAAUGGAUUCGAUCUACAUAAACUCGGAGGUACCAUUUCCAGAACUCACGGAGUUCAUUACACAAUCUGCGAAACAAUACGACUUAAAUCUAUUAACUAUCCAGGAUACCCUCAAAGCCGGAUUUGAACAUUUCCUCAAGAAUAUCAAUCCCAAGAUCAAACGUAUAGUGGUGGGUAUUCGGUACUCGGACCCUUACGGCUCCGAACUACAGUACGAGCAACAGACGGACCAUAACUGGCCCAAGUUCAUACGAAUUCACCCCAUAUUGCACUGGCAUUACUGCGACGUAUGGCACUUUCUUCUCUGCUGCAAGAUUAGCUAUUGCUCAUUGUACAACCAUGGCUACACUUCGUUAGGAGGCGUGGACACCACCUCACCAAAUCCAUACUUGAAGAGCGGCUCCAGCUAUCUUCCGGCUUAUGCUCUUCAGGAUCACGCAGACGACAGGGAGCGUCUCGGCCGCAAGAAAUAG